AUGCACUUUGUCCUUCCUUUUAUGCUGGGUCUGGCGCAGCUGGCCAAUGCCUACAAUCCUUCCUUGACCAAGAUCAAUGCAACUGACAUUGCUACUCGUGACGUUAAUGGAUAUCGCUCUGUGGCCUACUUUGUGAACUGGGGCAUUUAUGCUCGCAACUUCCAGGCUCAAGAUAUCCCUGCUGAGCAACUGACCCAUGUUCUCUACGCGUUUGCCAAUGCUCAUACCUCUGGUGAGGUAAUCCUGUCGGACACUUGGUCAGACACUGACAAGCAUUACUCCACUGAUUCCUGGGCUGAUACCGGGAACAAUGUCUAUGGCUGUCUCAAGCAGCUUUUUCUACUCAAGAAGAAAAACCGUAAGCUCAAGGUUCUUCUGUCGAUUGGAGGAUGGAACUAUUCUUCCAACCUCAGAACAGCCUUUGAGACUGAGUUGGGACGCCAGAAUUUCGCUAAUAGUUCUGUCGAACUGCUGAAGAACCUGGGCUUUGACGGUAUUGAUAUUGAUUUUGAAUACCCUGCCAAUGAUAAAGAAGCGGGCCAAUUUGUUGAUACCCUACGUCGUCUUCGUGAGGCCCUUGAUUCGUAUAGCUCGACCAACGUAGGGGGCUAUCAUUUCUUACUGACUACUGCAUCCCCUGCUGGCCCUUCCAACUACCAGAGAGAGCACCUUGCCCAAAUGGAUCAGUACCUUGACUUCUGGAACUUGAUGGCCUACGAUUAUGCCGGAUGCUGGGACACUGCUGCCGGAUGCCGAGGAGUCGUUGCUGGCCACGCUGCCAAUCUCUAUGCAUCCAGUGGCAACCCCGCCAGUACUCCGUUCAACACGGACCAAGCAAUCAAUUACUACACAUCGCAUGGAGUUACCCGUGGCAAGAUUGUCCUGGGUAUGCCUCUAUACGGCCGGGCCUUCACUGACACAAACGGCCCUGGUCAACCAUCCAAUGGUGUUGGUGCUGGGAGCUGGGAGAACGGUGUGUGGGACUAUAAGGCUCUGCCCCAGCCCUACUGCGCGGUCACAACUCUGGACCAAGAAGCUGCUAGCUACUGCUAUAACUCAGACUCGCAUCUCUUCAUCAGCUAUGAUACCCCUGAGAUUGCGCGUAAGAAGGGCGAGUACAUCAAGUCUAAGGGCCUUGGUGGUGGUAUGUGGUGGGAGCUCAGCGGUGACAAACAAGGUGAUGGCAGUUUGGUCGCCACAGUUGUGGAGACCCUUGGAGGCACUGGCGCUUUGGACAAGAGCGAGAAUCAGCUGAGCUAUCCCGCCUCCAAGUAUGACAAUCUGAAGGCCGGCUUCUAA